GUAGUGGCAAAUGCGAACAAGCAGCGAGGUUUUAUUAUCUGUCCAUGUGCUGUCUGUAAGAAUCAGAAGGGUUACUCCUCCUCAAGAGACGUUCACAUGCACCUGCUUCGGCACGGUUUCAUGCGAAGCUAUAAUUGUUGGACCAAGCAUGGAGAAAGAGGGGUUAGAAUGGAAGAAGAUGAAGAAGGGGAUGAUAUCGAUGACAACUAUCAUGAUCAUUUCGGUGAUACUUUCAUGGAGGAUGAUGCUGAAGGUGGGGAAGGGUUAGGUGAAGGUGAAGAAGAGGCACAUGAUGAGCCCGCUGAUGAUCUUGGUCGGACCAUUGCUGAUGCACGGAGACGCUGCGAAACUGACAAGGAGAGGGAGAAUUUGGAUCGCAUGUUAGAGGAUCACAAAAAGUCGUUGUACCCAGGAUGCGAUAAUAGUCUGAAAAAGCUGGGCUGCACACUGGAUUUGCUAAAAUGGAAGGCACGGGAAGGUGUAGCUGACUCAUCAUUUGAAAAUUUACUGAAAAUAUUGAAGAAUAUGUUUUGGAAGAAUAACGAGUUGCCCGCCAGUACGUACGAAGCAAAGAAGGUUGUCUGCCCUCUAGGUUUAGAGGUUCUGAAGAUACAUGCAUGCAUUAACGACUGCAUCCUCUACCGCGGUGAAUACGAGAAUUUGAAUGAAUGCCCUGUAUGCACUGCAUUGCGUUAUAAGAUCAGAGGCGAUGACCCUGGUGACAAUGUUGAGGGCGAGAAACCAAGGAAGAGGGUUCCCGCCAAGGUGAUGUGGUAUGCUCCUAUAAUACCACGGUUGAAACGUCUGUUCAGGAACAAAAAGCAUGCCAAGUCGUUGCGAUGGCACAAAGAGGACCGUAAGUCUGACGGGGAGUUGAGACACCCCGCUGAUGGAACGCAAUGGAGAAAGAUCGACAGAGUGUUCAAAGAUUUUGCAGCUGACGCAAGGAACAUAAGAUUUGGUCUAAGUACUGAUGGCAUGAAUCCUUUUGGCGAGCAGAGCUCCAGCCAUAGCACCUGGCCCGUGACUCUAUGCAUCUACAACCUUCCUCCUUGGUUGUGCAUGAAGCGGAAGUUCAUUAUGAUGCCAGUGCUCAUCCAAGGUCCAAAGCAACCCGGGAACGAUAUCGAUGUGUACCUAAGGCCAUUAGUUGAUGAACUUUUACAGUUGUGGGGCAGACCUGGUGUACGUGUCUGGGAUGAGCACAAAGAAGAGGAAUUUGACCUACGAGCGUUGCUUUUUGUAACCAUCAACGAUUGGCCUGCUCUCAGUAACCUUUCGGGACAGACAAAUAAGGGAUACAAUGCAUGCACGCACUGCUUACAUGAGACUGAAAGUGUACGUUUGGGUAAUUGUAAGAAGAACGUGUACCUGGGUCAUCGUCGAUUUCUUCCCCGAAAUCAUAACGUACGAAAGAAAGGCAAGCAUUUCAACGGCAAGGCAGAUCACCGGCCGAAGCCUGCGGAACGUACUGGUGCUGAGAUAUUUGAUAUGGUCAAGGAUUUGAAAGUCAUCUUUGGAAAGGGUCCUGGCGGACAAUCAGUUCCGCGGGGAGUUGACGGGCACGCACCCAUGUGGAAGAAGAAAUCUAUAUUUUGGGAGCUAGAAUAUUGGAAAGUCCUAGAUGUCCACUCUACAAUCGACGUGAUGCAUGUUACGAAGAAUAUUUCUACGCUCUUACCAAAGAAGAGAAGGUCAUUUUUUUUUGAAUGCCUGAGCAGUAUGAAGGUCCCGUCUGGCUUCUCGUCGAAUAUAAAGGGAAUAAUAAACAUGGCGGACAAAAAGUUCCUAAACCUGAAGUCUCACGACUGCCACGUGAUUAUGACGCAAUUGCUUCCGAUUGCUUUGAGGGGGCUCCUACCGGAAAAUAAAUAUGUUCGUAACCGUGCUAGGCCAGAAGGAAGCAUCAUCAAGGGCUAUGGAAAUGAGGAGGUAAUUGAGUUCUGUAUUGCCUAUGUUCCUGACCUUAAGCCGAUUGGUAUUCCUCAAUCGCAGCACGAGGGGAGACUAAGUGGAAAAGGCACGAUCGGAAGGAAAUCAACGAUAUGUAUGGACGGUCAUUCUGUGACUGAAGCACACCACACAGUUCUGCAAAAUUCCAGCUUGGUGGCUCCGUACUUCGAGCAACACAAGAAUAUUCUACGCUCGGACAACCCGGGGAAGCCUGAAUCCUGGAUUAGAAAGGCCCACAUGGAGACUUUCGGCAGUUGGUUGCGAAAACAUUUAAUGAAUGACAAUGAUGUUGGAGAUCAGCUGUACAUGUUGGCCAAGACACCAUCUUCGACUAUAGCGACUUUCCAAGGGUACGAGAUAAAUGGGAAUACAUUUUACACCAUCGCCCAAGAUAAAAAGAGCACCAACCAAAACAGUGGUGUCCGCUUUGAUGCAGCAACCGAGAAUGGGCAAAAGGUCACAUAUUAUGGUUACAUAGAGGAGAUAUGGGAACUUGACUAUGGACCCUCCUUUAAGGUCCCUUUGUUCCGGUGCAAAUGGUUCAAGCUAACAGGAGGUGGGGUAAAGGUGGACGAGCAAUACGGAAUGACAAUGGUGGAUUUCAACAAUCUUGGUUACCUUGACGAACCAUUCGUCCUUGCCAAAGAUGUCGCUCAGGUUUUUUAUUUGAAGGACAUGAGUAUCAAACCAAGGAAACGGAAAGAUAAGAAAACGAUCAGUACAUCAUCCGAUGAUCCAAAGCGCCACAUUGUUCUUUCAGGGAAAAGAAACAUCGUGGGAGUGGAGGACAAGACAGACAUGUCAGAAGAUUAUAAUAUGUUUGGUGAAAUUCCGCCCUUCAAAAUGAACACUGACCCAAGCAUUAAGUUAAAUGAUGAGGAUGCUCCAUGG